AUUUAUAAAAUUUUGUGGCGUCGUUUGUGUAGCUGUGAAAAAUUUUCGUGUAUUUUCUGUUUUUUUUCCUGACUUUCCCAGUCAAAACCUAAUGGAAUUGAGCUAAAGAGCUCCCGGAAAAUCCUCUGAACACUUCAGCACGCACAGCGGAUCGCUCCUGAGCGAUGGAAUUCUUCUGUGAGAAUCGCUUCAACAACAUCCCGGUGGAUGUGGAGUUUCACAUGAAUGGCAGGGAUGCGGGUGAAUUUGAGGGAUCUCCACCCGUGAUCACCCCCAUUGGGACUCCGCCGGACUCCUUGGAACACGACUGGGAGCUGCUGAAUCGUGAGAUUUGCAGUUUCAUCGAGGACACCCAGGAAACCACUGAAGUGCCGCCGCCGCCACCACCGCCUCUUCAGCAGGGAGAGUUUGCGGAUUGGCAAUUCUUUGAGGGCGUCCUCCUGUAUCAGGCAUGUCAGGAGGAGCUUAUCUAUCGGGAGUUGAGCCAGGAGCUGAGGCAGCAGCAGCUGAAGGUGCAGAAGAAGGUGAAGAGGCAGAAGAAAUCCAAGGAAUAUUGCGUCUUCUGUUUCAACAACAAGGAGUCUCCGCAAGUGUACUUGAGCCACUCCGUAAAGGAUGCCUUCGACAACGUUGUCUGUCCACGGUUGUUCAAGUAUGUGUGUCCCAUUUGUGGCCAGUCUGGCCGGAAGGCGCACACCACCAAGUACUGCCCGGAGAAGCCGAUCGUCACCAUGGAGCUGGCUGACCAGCUGCACAAAAAGAAGCUCAACAGGAUGAACACCGGAUACAGCAUGUAAUGUUCCCAAUGCAUUAGCAUAAUCAAUUAAUUGAUUUCAUCAGUGCAUGAUCUAUAUUUAUUACACUGCAGUGUAUUCGUAUUUUCGUACAGUUUCUUGUGUAUACAUUUUACACCUUGAAUCAAAAGUUGAAAUAUUUUUAUAAUCGAAUUCGUUUGUGUGUAAGUGAAUAAAGUG